CGCGCGGGACAUGUCUCAACAAGUUCCCGCAAGAUUUGAAUUGAUAUUGAGGGGAGAGUCCAAGUCGAAGCAUAUUUUAUUGUUCUUUCGAUUAUAUCACAGGGAGAACCCUGUGUUAACUUUGUGUUCUGUGGUGUUAAAUUGUGAAUAAUGGAAGACGCAAUAUGCUUUUCUCAAAGUUUUGUUGACAAACAGAAUGUGCGAUCUUUUUCUAAUAUCAUAAAGUGUAGUUUGUUGAAUGAAGACGCGACAUUUCUCCACCACGUACUCAAAGACGAGAAAUUAGUAAGUGUUUUAUCUCCGGAUAUCAAUCAAGUUUUAUUUAAAAUUAGGAAUAAUUUACGAGAAAAGUCUAGAAAUGAUUUUAAAGAGUAUUUCAUUUUCGACAAGAAUGAUGCUAAAGAAGACUUGAAGGUAUUGGAUAAAACAGAUAUAUUAAAUCAGUGCUGGAAAGCGCUGACUGAUAUUAUUCCCGGAAAUUUAUUUGGUGGAAAAGACAACGAACGAUUAUUUCAAAGAAUAGUACAAAUGACAAUUUACAGUAUGAAAAGACAGCAUAUAUUACUAAGUUAUUAUACGAAAAAGUGGAACUUUGCACUCGGACCCUGGAGAAGUAUUUGUGGAAUAAGUACAGAAACCAUUUUGAACAACAUCAUUGUUUGGAUAGUUCAAAACGUUUUGUCACCAAUGAUUAGUCUAAAUUUUUUUGUAACGACUUGUAAGUUGGAUGCAGAUGAAUUCAAACUGUAUUAUUUCAAGAAAAAUCAAUGGCAAAGUUUUUACGAUAGGAAAAUAUCGAACAUGCUCGCACGUUCCGUCAUUAGCAAAGUUGAUCGUUUUUGUGGUGGGAAACAAGUGAAGAGGAAUUAUAGCUUCAAUAAAAAACGAAAAUUUAAAACUUUUAAAAAGAAUAUACCGAAGUUGCAUCUCGUUUUGAAAUGUAACAAUGAUUGCCGGCCCAUUGUAAGGUAUAAAAGCGACGCUUUAAGUUUGGCUGAGAAAUACAGAAUCAAGGAUAGACUGAAUCUCCUGAAAUCUUUAACCGGCAAGCCUCAUGUAAAGACUGAAAAGCAAUUUGCUUUGAUUUACGACAAAUGGAUGAAAUUGAAUAAACCGCGGCUUUAUUUUGUGAAGACUGAUUUAAGUAACGCAUUUGGGGCGGUAGACAGAGAAGCUUUAUCUAAGAUAUUAGAUGAAAGAUAUACGAAACGGAAAACUGAAAAAGGUGGGCUUUCUGAAAAGUAUAAUCAGCAAUACAAAGAACUUAUCACAGAACUGAGGAAGCCAAUCUUAGUUCGCGCGGGAUCGACUGUUUUUAUUUGGAAGAAGGGUCUAGUACAAGGAUAUAAGUAUUCACCGGCACUCUCAGAGUUAUAUUACACUUAUAUGGACGAAAUAUAUUUUUCCCAACAUCUGCAAACGGUGGAAUCUGGAAUAAGACUGUUUGUCCGAGCUGUAGAUGAUUAUUUGUUCAUAACAGAUUCGCUAAAAGACGCCCAAACUUUCUUACAAGCGCUAACCAGUUACAAAAACGUUAAUUAUGAUAAAACCGAGACAAAUUUUCAUCAUGAAGGUAUAAAAUAUAGCAAUGAGAUCACUUUCCUAGGUUAUACAUAUAAUACGUCAACUUUACACGUUCGCAGAGCGAGUAACGUUUUUGUGGGACAAAUGUGUUACAAGAUAGCAUUUUCUCAAGCAGUGACGAAUUUAUACAACUUUUUGGUGCAGCGGGUCGGUCAAUCCGGUGUUAAAAUAAACGGGCACAUCUUUAAUUUGUACCGCAAUACCGAAAAAGAGCUUUGGAUGCACAUUUUUACAACUUUGUGCCUCUCCGCGAAUAAAUUUUGCACAAUUUUGGCGAUACUGUGCGAAGGAAACGCAAUGAAGCAGUAUUUGAACAUGUAUAAAAAGAAAGUCAGCGUGAACCUUUGCGAUACUAUAAUACGGACAGUAUCGAACAAUAAGCCGAAAGAUAUGCAGUUUAUCUAUUGUAUAAAUCAUUUUAGAUAUUUAUCGUGGAAGGCGUUGUUUUUGUGUGCACGGAAAACUCCGAAAUGUACAAUUUUACUGCCAUUUAUUAAUGACGAAAUAGCGAAGUCUAAUUGUUUGUUUGGGAAAUGGAGGGAGCAUGCAAGUAGGAUAGAUAGAAGAGGUGUAUGUCUCCGGCCGGCUGUGAGGGAAGUCUGCAAGCGGCCUGACUGGAAAUCGUUUAUGAAGAAAUUCGAUGAAUUGCCUCCUGGAUUCCAGUGUUACAAUCACAAAAACAUCUGGGGUUUGAAGAAGAGAUAUUGAAGAGAGUAUUAUAUAUUUUAUGGAAUGGUAUUUAAUUGAAAUGUUGCAUGUACUAUGUCAAUCAGUUUUGGCAGUUAAGAUAGUGUGUUAUUUUCUAAGUUGAGUCAUUAUUUAAAGUAUACUUACUUAAAUUAGUUUUUUGUUGAUAGCACACUCAUAUUUGUUUGCAAUAUUGUGUUUUUAACGUUAUUACAAAUAUAUAAGAUUCAAUUUUUCUUACCAACAGUGGUUAUUUGUUAUCAGUUAAUUAAGGGGUGUGAUAUAGGUUAAUAAAAAUAAACGAUUUUUUUAAAUGUA